CCAGUGCAAAACACUAGGUGAUCACCAGCUGAUAUUUUCACGAUUUGGUGUCAAGGACCGGCCGGCAUUGUGAGCAUCUGGGCGGUACAAGCUACAAUGAGCACAACAAAUUUGGAGCGCUGCAGGCUGACGUCCCAGCAGGAUACUCCGAUUGGUUUCGUCUCGAGGGAACCCAUGGAACAAUCGGGCGAGCAGACAGCCCCACCGCUCAAGGGGCAAGUGCAGGACGAAGCGCCCGCGACGGCGGACAUCAUGGACGACUACGACGGCGACGUGCAGGUGGUGACCAACUCCUUCAGAGACUACGGGGGCGUUUCUAGGUUUUGCGGGCGGGUCGAAACCGUCAAGUGCUUCGAGAACAACCCCCUGGUGCGGCAGCGGCUGACCAAGGAGGACGGCACCGGCAAGGUGCUAGUCGUGGACGGUGGGGGCUCCUUACGAAGAGCGCUCAUGGGGGACCAGCUUGCCGCCGGGGGGCUUCAGAACGGCUGGCGGGAAAAGACGCCAGCAGGGCGUGAUCAUCAACGGCGCCGUUCGCGACUCUCUCCGAGAUCGGCAAGCUACCCUUCGGUUGCAAGGCCCUGGGCCAAAUGCCGGAGGAAGAGGGAACAAGGAGUUCCGGUGGAGUUCGGCGGGCUGCGGUUCAAGGCGGGGCAGUUCGUCUACGCCGACGAGGACGGGAUAAUCGUGUCCGACGAACCUCUGCGAGUGCCCAGAGAUAGAUCGGGAUUAUGAUGACGUACGCGUACGUAUGUA